GUGGAGGGGGCAGCGUUUUGGGCGGCUGGCCCGGGCCGGGUCCUGGUGAAAGUGAAACUCAGAAAAACGCCCGGCCGCCCUUCCACCCUCGAGCAUGCCGACAGUCCGCCUCUCGGCCCCGCAGUGAGCGCGUCGCGUCGCGUGUGUGAGUGCGCGUGAGUGCAGUGUGAGUGCAUCCUGUGAGUGCUAUGGAGCUGAGCUGAGCGGCUGGACGCCGCUUUACCUCGAACGGGGACACCGCUCCGGACCAGCACCAUGUCCAUGUGCAGCGUGUCCGUCAACGUGCAGUACCUUGACGGCGGGGCGAGGGUGGGUGCCGUGGGGGGCGGCGCCGCCACCGCCGACUUCCAGGGCCUGCCCCCGCCGCCGCCGCCGAGCCCUGCGCCGCACGCGCCGCACGCACUGCCCUUGCUGGGCAGCCUCAACGGCCACCACGGACUUAACAACAACAAUAACAACAACAACAUGACCGGUGGAUUACCCUCGCACAACGUCCCCAACCACCGGGGGCUGCAGCACCACCUGCCGCCCCAGCAGCACCACCUCCACCAGCUGCACCAGCUGAACCCCGUGAGCGAGGACUCCGCCGCGCGGUGGACGCACUACCAGCAGCUGUGGCGCCAGCACCAGAUCAUCCUGAACGGUAAUAAAGAUGCCUGGCUGGGCCCCGAGAAACCUAGCAAGUCCGGAUCGGGUAAGGAGAGCCCGGAGCAGAAGAAGGAUGACACUGAGCUGUGGAGCCAAGUCGAGGCCCAGGCCGCCUUCCUCGGGCCCAACCUGUGGGACAAGACCCUGCCCUACGAUGCCGACCUCAAGUACGUGGACCUGGACGAGUUCCUGUCCGAGAAUGGUAUCCCCAUGGACGUGCCCGUGGCCCAGCAGCAGCCACCCAACCUCAUCGGCAGCACCAACAUGCUGCCCUCUCCCGUGCCGCCGGCCGGCAACAGCCCCCAGCAGCAGCAGCAGCCGCAGCAGCAGCAACAGGCGCCACAGUUACAACAGUUGCACAAGCUGCAGGCGCUGUCGCCGGACCCCGACACAAACAGUUCUAGCUUCGGGCUGCACGACAUGGUGGGGGUGGGGCCGGACCCUCCCCUCACCCCCGCCCGUUUGCCCGCCAAGAGGGAGCGAUCCCUGAGCCCCUCGGAGCCCAUGACCCCCAUUGGACUCAACCCUCCUUCGCCCGCCGAUUCCACAAUGUCGUUCGCGUCGUCGAGUCGCGACUUCGACCCCAGGACGCGGCCCUUCUCGGACGAGGAGCUCAAGCCGCAGCCCAUGAUCAAGAAGUCCCGCAAACAGAGGGUUUGCGACUUCCAGUUCGUUCCCGAGGGUCUCAAGGAUGAAAAGUACUGGGCGCGAAGACGCAAGAACAACAUGGCUGCCAAGCGGUCUAGAGACGCUCGCCGCAUGAAGGAGAACCAGAUAGCGCUGCGGGCAGGUUACCUCGAAAAAGAGAACAUGGGACUCAGGCAGGAGAUAGAGCGGCUGAAGAAAGAAAAUAUGGUACUACGAGAUCAAGUUGCAAAAUUUCCACCCGACGUGUGAAGUAGUGUUCUGCGGAAAGGGACAUCCACCAGACAAGAGCCUUUUUGUAUUCUUAUCCCAGGUUAAAAUUAUUGAAUAUGAAGUCAACAGAGAUUAGCUUAUACUAAGGCUAUUUUUUCGUUUAUUGUACAUAAUUAUGAAUGUUAUUUCCAUACCGCAGAAAAUGUUACUAUUUACUUACAUUCAAGGAGCCGACUGCCGUUAGUCUUUUAUUUCUUGAUGUCUGUUCUUUACUUCUUACUGUCACUGUCAUUGCAACCUCUGUUAACUGCAAAAGAAGUUCUGUUAAAUCUGGUUACAGUUUCACUGGGCUUCCCUAAAACUGUAGAAGUGUUACUUGACAACAAAUUUUCCAGGUGUUCCCAUGUGUGUGUAAAAGUUGGGACAGCUUAUAGUUUGGUUAUUGUUUUGUGAAUUCUGUUAAUUUUUAAAAUUGUUUAUCUGUGAAGAACAAGCUGUCUGUAAAUGCAAGUACAAAGGGAAACUUCCUGAUUUAUGUUUGAGGAAAACUGGAUAAAUUUGUAUUCAAGUCUGACAAUGCAGUGCAGCUCUCUUUACGUAUUGUAAAUUGCUUAACAUUAUUUUUGAUACUGUUCAUAUCCUAUUAUCUAUUUAUUGCAUUGUUCUGUUUCUAUUUCAGACUUGUAAAUUUUUCUAGUAAGUUGAUAUUGUUUUCGUUUUAAUUUUGUUGCAAGACACUGUUGUCGAUGAUGAAAUUGCUCUCUGUAAGAAUCUUGUUCGUUUCUUCGAAUGGAGGUUUGGACGUUGUGAUGUUUUAUUCAUAUUUCGUUGCUUUAGUAGUGCAUGAAAAGUGGUCAUACAUUAUGAUUUAGUUUUGAAUUAGAAAGAUUGUGACCCAAUGUUCUUAUUGACUUUGUAAUCCAACUGGUAGGGAAUGAAACUGCUACCUCCGAUUUGUACAUAUAAGCAUUUUAUGUAAUCGUAGCAUGUCUUAUGUCCAAAUUUAUCCAAAAGAGAAAGUAUCUAUUACAAAAAGUGUGAGAUUUACAUAAAAUACUUGUAGACUAAAUAUGUGAUAUGUGUAUCCGUUAAGGACGUCACCAGCGACAUCGUGGUUACCGUUACCUUACUAUUAGUGUAUGCGUACUGAUGUGAAGGCAGACAUCCAUAAUGGAGACCUUACGAGCCUUUUGGUCGGGUAGAUUGUAGUGUUUAGCCGUAGUUUUAUAAUGAAAAAUAUCCCUAGAUCUCGCGGUUGCAGGUGUUCAAAUGCCUAUUUUCUUACAGAUGUACAAUUUACUGUUAAUUCCAUUGUAAAUGAAUUACCGAAGGUUCUCAGAAUAUUUUUUCGUGUUCUUCGUUGAGAAAACAACCAGGAUAGCCCGCAGCCUGCUGUCGGAAGCUUCUUGUCUUCUUCGCUUUGUGUAAAAGAAAGUCUGAGUGUUUUUGUGACUGCGCCACGGCUGCCACGGCUGCCUGCGAGGUAGGCAACCCCGCGCGCCAUGGAGGGAUUGCGAUCCUGGCUGCCCCUCUCUUGGCGCAAAUGCGGUUCAGCGCCAGUCCGAUGCACUUUGGUAAUUCUGUAGCAACGAACCGUCGGGCCGACUGUGCCGAAAACCAUGGAAACAGGACAAACCCUUCGCGGUCCUUUCAGUUCAAUGUGUUUUAGUGUCUUUCCAGCAGACCAUGUCGUCCAGUCUAAACCAGAACCACGACAUCGCACCUCACGUUUGCUAAUGUUUACCAAGGCCUAAAAUCGUUUGAGACCUCUUGAGGAGAUUGACUAGGCGAAUAAGGUGGCUUAAUUACCAUUAAAAAUUUUCACUGUUGCAACUUCCUGGCGCGGUCCCAUGCCAUAUCGCUAUGGUCGCACCCGGUUGUAGAUGUGGGAAAGUUGAGGAUUUAUUUAUGAGUAUUCUGAGAGUAAUGUGUACAGUUUCAUAGAAUUAUUUUAUUUAUUUUGAUGAUAAUGUUGCAACAAAUAAAAAAAGCAAACGGGUGAAGUGUCAUGUGUCUGAAUAUUUAAAUUUAGCCACAAGGUUGAUUUGAGUUGGUAGGAGCAAUGUUAAAAUAAAACAAGACUACUGUCUACAAUUUGAUAAGGAAAAUUUAAUAGAAAUGGCUGUAUGUGCUCUUUUGUACUCAAAUUAUGCUUGUGGCAGAGGGUUCUCUUUGAAGUUUAAAUCUAGCCGAGCUAUGAAGAUGUUGAUUUGGGAAGUGGGUACCUUUCAGCAUCAUUGAUUAUUUUGUUACCAGCAAAGCUAGCAUGCGUUGUAGUAUUUCGUACUUUAAGAAGUUUACUUUGUUGGAUUUCAAGCUUAGAAGAAAGACGUAAUUAUUGUAAUUUUGGUGCUCAGCACAAUGAAUUUUAUUACUGUAUUUAUUACCUAGCACAUGUCUGGGAAAAUUGAUUUUCUUGUUCUGUGCUUCAUCUUUAUGACAUACGUAUCAGUGCUAUUUCAGUGUGCAAUUCACGGUGAUAGAUGAGAAUUGUCUUGUUAUUCUUUCAUCUUUUAUGUUUAUUUAACUUUCCUGUUCCGUAACAAUUUUAUAUUCUUUGUUGUAUAUAUUUCCUUUGAUACAGUUUCUUGUAGAUAUUUCUUGAUUGUUUUGAUUUGUUUAAGAGUGUAUACCGGAAAAAACCAUGACUUUGGGAGAAAUGAGCAUGAUAAGUAUAAUUUGUUAUUUUUAAACGAAAAUGUAUUUCCUUUACAAUGUCACUAUUGAGCCGUUUUACUUUAUUUUGAAAACAAAACCAACGCAUUAUUGCACUAAACAUGAAAUGCUGGGCAUCUAUGUAAAAAGGGAGUUGUUUGAUCAACUGAAAAGUGAGAUUACGUUUGUUCUUUGCAAAUUAAAACUUUAAAAAAAUAUGCAAAUUUGUCAGUUUAUGUAUGCUUAAUGAGAUUAUUCGCUUUUGAAAAUAUAUGUUAAAAACAUCAGUAGUUCAGUGCUUUCCUCCAUUGGACAGAGUUUUGGUGUGACCUCUAUUAAAUAAACAGAAAUAAUUUCACAUUC